AUGCCUAGCGACAGGGAGCUCGAUCAGGCAGCUACUGAUCUGCAGCGCUUUCGUGUCUCACAAGAGCAACAGACCAAGAGCCAGGAUGAUAUUUUGCAGCAAUAUCAAACUUUGAUUCAAGAUUACCGCCGCCUACAAGCCGAUUACGAUGAAGCGCGAGACUCUCGCGACAACUACAAGCGACUGAGCAAAGGCGCCGAACGUAACCCUUUCGCCCUCGUGCUCAUCGACGGAGAUGGCUACAUCUUCGAUGACCACCUAGUUGGUGGCGGGGUAGAAGGUGGUUCAAAAGCUGCACAAUUGCUCAAUGAUGCUGUAAAGCGCAGCCUGGCGGCGAAAGGUCUCGAAGACUGUCGUAUCAUGGUCAGGGUCUACGCCGAUUUGGUCGCGCUCAGCAAAGCAGUCUCGAAAGUCAAGCUGUGUGGCGCGGAGAAGCGUGCUCUAGCACCUUUCGCUGCAAGCUUCACGAGGACAAACGAAUUAUUCGACUUUGUCGAUGCUGGCGAACUGAAGGAGAAUACCGACUUCAAGCUCAGAGCGCUUCUUCGACAGUUCAUUGACAACACACAAUGCCGCCAUAUCUACUUCGCCGGUUGCCACGAUGUGGGAUAUGUAAGUGACAAUUUCGCCAUGCAACGCCUUGCCGUGUCAUGGUUUCCCCUCACAAUGGACACAGCCCGGCCUAAGCAGCCACUGACAACUACACAGGUCAGCGAACUCAUGCCGCACGUAAACCAGCGAGAUCGAAUCACACUUGUUCAUAACCAUGCUUUCCAACAAGAGUUUCAAAAGCUUGGACUUCCAACUGAACAUCUACUGCCGAACGUCUUCAGGACGACACCAUUAGGAGAGCAGUCCAGCACCAAGCCCACGCCCCUUCAAGCUUCGAAUGGAGCUACACCAUCCGACAGUGCACCUAUCUGCUUCUUCUUUCAAAAGGGCCGGUGCACUUACGGCUCAGGCUGCAAAAACCGCCACGUGAAAGCGGCCAUCGAUGACAUCAAAGACUGGCGACAAAAGUCUUCAACCCCACAUGCUGCGCGACCAGUCGGCAAAUCUGAUCACGACUCGAUGGGCAGCAGACCAGACUCGAGACGAUCCAUGACCCAAGAGUUCGACCAAGUCCAACGUCGUUGGAACGAUUCGCCGCAUGGUAAUGGGCAUGCUCGAACCCAGUCAUUCGAGGCCGAGUUCGAAGCAUUGCCACGCCCAGAGGAGAUCCCUCGAAACAAGAUCGCCAUCAACAGGCACUCAAAACGUCUUGACCCUUACAUGUCAACCACCCCAGAAGAACGUGCCGCUUUCUUAGCUUAUGUGGCAAAGGGCAAGCUCUGCAACAACCUUCACCUUACAGGCCGCUGUCCAAAUCCACAAGACUGCAAAUACGACCAUUGUCCUAUCGACGAGGUCACAAGAAAGUGCCUACGGGCGUUCGCUUUCAAUACACCAUGCGACAAGAACCAGUAUGGGAGCUGCCGAAACGUGGAUUGCAAUCACGGCCAUGUUUGCCAGCGAAGUGACUGCAGAUUCCGAGGCGGGAAAUCAAACUGUCGAUUUCCAUCCGAAGUACAUACAAUCGACUAUCACGCCACAGACUUUGUGGACGGGUUGCAAGAGGAACAUGGAGACCUUAUGGCCUUUUCAGGGUCGUACUCCACGACUCCAAGUACUCGCAGCGACUACGGAUCAGGGUACGCAAAUGGCAAGGCAGUUAAGAGUCUCGAGACUGAGGCACACGAUGAUAUCGACGUAUUGGUGGAUACCGUGAGAACCGGUCCUACGCAAGAAGCUUUACGAUAUGCAGGAUCAAACGAAGAACAGGAUCAGGAACCCGACGAUACUCCCACGUGGGACGGGCGAUGGUAA